AUGGCGGUGAACGUAGGUGAUGUGGUCUACAUGGAUUAUGGUGAGCAACCCAGGGUGGUUCAUACACGACUGGUGCUGGCUGUAGUGGAUAUGGGACGACAUGAGUUCAUCAUUGCGACCCCAGACAAGGACGUGUAUAUGGAGGUUCUUCAUGAUAGCAACCCAGACAUAGUUCAUUUCUACAAUGGAGGUCCCAAUGGAGGGUUGCCCCCGAGGGUUCCCAGAAACUGUAUCUAUGCUUUUGCCCCAAUGUCAGCCCAAGAGCUAGCCCAGCUGAUGACGGCUGGUCGUGCCGAAGCAGAAGCAGAGAUCGUCCGCCGGGGAGCGGCAGCAGUUCACCUUGGUGGUGGCGCAGCACCGGCGGCAGCACCAGCUGGUGGCGCUGGGGUUGAGGCUGUCGGAGAGGACAGUCGUGUUUGGGUCUUGGCAGAGAUGGUGGAAGGGAAAAAGAUUGGGGAUGUUGUGAAUCCUCCACCCAAUUGUCCCAGUUUGGAUGAAUUUGGGUUGAUGAAUCUGAAUGAUGGGAAUGGCAGAAACAGGGUUGUCCUUAUCAAGAAGAUUGAGCCCAACAAGCUGGCAGAGUUCUGUGAAGAACGAAUCAAACUGGCGCGUUCUAGUGAAGCAGCGGAUGGUGAUGAUUUGUAUGCAGCCGAAGAUGUCCGUACUAUGGAGAUAUCAUACAACCCCAAUGGUGAGAGAAGUCGUGUUUUCAAGGAAGCAGUUGGGGAGAUGGUGGAGGUAGCUUUCGAUGAUUUUCCGUUUGAGCCUAGGACAUGUCUUACCUAUUUGAGGGCGGUUGGAAGCAUAUCGGAGUCAUGUUACGGGCAGCAUUUGGCCUGGGUUGCACAGGCAAAGAUUCCUGAUUCAAAUCGAGCUAUUCAUGAAGACGAACUGUUAGCUAGGGUGUUGGACGUUUGCAUCACAUAUGAUUGUCUCAACGCAGCAAAUCUGGGGUGCAUGGAGCUGAUUGUUCGUCGUCGUCAGCUCAUUGCCCAGGCUCAUGCAUUGAAUCCCGCUGCUCCAAGCUACGACGGAGCAGAUCUAUUCCUAGGCAACCAAUACCGUGCCGGUGGAGGAAUAGUGGUACCAGCACUCAAGGAACACGUAUCCAAAGGCCUUCAUGCGGAGUCUCAGAUCCUGAAGGAGAGGCGGAAGCUGGCUGAAGCUAAAGGUAAGGGAGGUGGUGGCCCCGCAAAAAGCGACGGGAAGGGUCGCGGGCAUGGCAAGACAGUUUAUGUCAACAAGGCCAUCCAUGCCUUGAAUUCACUUUUUCAUGGUGGGUCCAAGAAAUUUGCGCAGAAGGUCACUAGCAAUUUUGGUUCUCUGUUGGAGGUCCAGAGGUUUGCGAUUGAGAACAUCCGGAAGCGCAUUGAUGAGCUGGGUCCCCCACCAAAAACAUCUCGCUCAGAAGCCCUUAAGGUGCUUCGGGCUUCGGUGCCGUCCUCCUACGCAGAUCAGGAGGUUGAUGCCGGAUCUCCAGUGCCCAUGCAGUUGGAUUCCUUGUCAUUGCCAUCAGGUGCGGUGGGAGGGGUUCGGCUGGUGGAUGCGCUUUCUGGUCCAGUCAAAGAGAUGGUGGUUGACUUUGAAAAUUUCAUGCUUGCAGAUGCUGACAAAUGGUGUGACCUCACAGACAGUGCGGCCGGGAUGGAGCCAUACAAUGAUGAGUUGCUCAACAGUAGGACAGGGUACCUGCGGCUUCUGGAGAGGCUGUAUCAGAGCGGAGUUUUAAACUUUGCUGAAAGCUGUCGAGGUAGAGUUGGAGCAUUCUGCGUUUCGAAAAAAUCAAAGGUGAUUGAUGGGAAGAAGGUGCAAAGGCAGAGGUUAGUUCUUGAUUGCCGUCAGACCAAUUUGAUUUUCAAACCUCCACCACAGACACGGUUGGGUUCCCUUGCGGCGUUGAGUGAAGCCGAACUUCCAUCUGGUGAAACGCUAUAUAUGGCUGGGGCUGACAUUAAAGACUGUUUCUAUGCGGUAAAUAUGGAGCCUGGUUUACAAGAGUUUUUUGGUCUGAAGUGGGAUAUUUCGGAUGUGGAAGUGCAGCGGAUCACACAUGGGGGGCACAUGGGUCUUGGUGGAAACAACGUGCCGGUGAUUAAGGUACUGCCUAUGGGUUUCAGCUGGUCCUUUUAUUUGGUACAACAUAUGCACUCAGAACAAGCGUUGAAGUCCUUGGGGUUAGAUGAGAAGCACCUAUUUCUGGAGGGUCAGCCGGCCCCACUUUUGGAGAAGAACAACAUUUGCAUCAUGCCAUACUGUGACAAUUUGCAUAGCAUUUGCACUGACUCCACUGCAUGCCAAUCCGCGAAGGUAACUAUGGCAACUGCAUUGGAGGAGAUUGGCUUCGAGCUGCAUGAGCAUCUGGAUGCAAACUCGUUGUUCGAAACUUUAGGUGGGGUCGUGGACGGUGCAAAGGGACAGUCCGAACAAGAUGAGUGCCUGAUCUUCGCUGGAAUAGCGCCACUUUUGAUUGCGGAUUUGCGACGUGAGUGGUGGAACGAGCGCUGGCGAUUCAAGCGCCUGCCGGCAGAGCUGUGGAAACCACGGCAGAGAUCAAGCAGCUACCGGAACAAGAAACAUCUUAUUCUGCUAGACAAUUUGGCUCUGGUCUUUGCAAUCUGCAAGGGCCAGCCCAUUAUCCGGCGCCAGUGCCAGGGUGUAGAGAGGAAGCCCCAGGCUUCGAUCAACAAGAGGUUUUUGAAGGGGCAGCCCAUGGAUCCCUCUUUGCAAGACAAGAAAAAGGUGAAGAGUCGUGUGCUGAAGGGUCAGGAGAAGGCAGUCAGGACCCAGAAACAGCAGAGGAAGUUGAGAACAGUGCAGCCAAUCAAACUGGAGAAUGCUGGGAAGAGAGCAGUGGGUGGAAAAAUGACAUGUCUGGAGCUAUGCAGUGUGAGUUCAGAGAUUCAGUUCCAGUACAAAGGCUACUACCAACGGUUAGAGGCCUUCUCGAAGGAGAACGACAUUGUUCUCACCCAGUCAUGCGACGUGGCCGACAAAGUACUGGCGGACUACAUGGACGUCCUGUACCUGGACCGCCGUCCUCCAGCAGAAGGAGAAAAAACAUUGGCGGCAUUGGAGUUCUUCCACAUUGGGCUGAGAGGCCAACUUCAUCGCAGUCGGAGAGCUCUGAGGGGAUGGAGAAAGGUGAUGCCUGCGCAGAGCAGAUUACCAAUGCCGAGAGUGCUCAUGUUUGGAAUGGCGAUGAUCAUGAAGCAUCGGGGGAACAACAACAUGGCCCUGAUGACCCUGCUGGCCUUCGACCUCUACUUGAGGCCAGGCGAAGCCUUGACACUGCUGGGCCGCAAUGUGGUGGCACCGGUUGCGGUGGCAGGGGUUCAAUUCAGAAUGGUCAAUGUGGUAGUGAGGGACUUCGAAGCAGGGAAGCCGGACAAGGUGGGCACAUACGACACAUCACUCAGGCUAGACAAUCCAAAGACGCUGUGGAUAGGAAAGUUCCUGCUGGAUUUAGCGACACAACAAAACAGUCAGGACGAGACCCUGUUCACAUUCACCAUGGAGGAGUAUCGAAAGGAGUUUCGAAAGGUAGGAGAGUUGCUAGGCAUCAAAGAUUUGCAUCCAUACCAGCUGCGACAUGGCGGGGCCUCAGAAGAUCUCAGCAGUGGCUUUCGAGAUUUCCAGGGCGUGAAGUCCAGGGGCAGAUGGGUGACAGAUCAGAGCGUCAGACGCUAUGCCAAGACAGGUCGAGUGCAGCAGUUGCUAACAAAGCUGAAACCAGACAAGCUAGCGUUUUGCACCUGGGCGGAGAGAAACAUGGAAAAGGAUCUCUACGAUGCUGAAAAAGGAGGGUAUGCCUUGCACGACUUUUUCAAGGGCGUGGCGCCGAACGGCAAAUUCUGGACGUUGGUGGCUCAACCAUACCCUUGGUCUCUGGCAGAGUCCAUAGAAGGUGUGGAUGAGGACGAUGAAGAAGUGGAGCCAACGAGUCCAGCGUUUCUCAGGGCGCUCCAAUUCUUUGGAGUACCCAGCAGCAGCUUGGCGAAGUUCGUGCUUCCCAUGUCGGAGGAAAUGAUGUGCAAUCAGUGCGCUGUGAUGGAGCUGGACGCGGGUCUCUUUGAAACGUCCCACCGGCACAACUACAAGGAGAAUCACGACCACUUGCUCUUCGUGUCCUAUCCCUGCGGCUUCGCGAAGUUUGCGUCCAGGAACUUCGAGAAAUGGCCUGAGACUUUGGAAUCCGGACAUCUGGUGCAGUGCUUCAACAUCGUGCAUGUUUUGGAUUCCAAGCGUGUGCGUCGCCUGGAAAACCGCGUGAGGGUGCUGGCAGAGGCCACAGAACAAGUGUCAGAUCUUCUCUGUCGCCAUGAGGUGGCCAAUGGCUAUGUCUCGAGGGAAGUGAGAAGGCUCAAGGACGUGAUGCGCCUGAAGAGUCAAAGUCAGAGCACUCUCGGCGGCCUGGACACCCUCGGCGAAGAAUCCACGCCCCAAAGUAAUCAUCCUCUAGAGGUGCUCGUACGAGAACUUCACAACAACAUGAAGGUUGCAGGGUCUCAAAAGAUCCUUGUGAACGGUGAAGCACUGUACCGCUACCACGAGUUCAAACAGGACGCGCCUUCUCUCCCUUCGGCCGUGCAAGGGAUCUCGCUCUUCCGUGCGCGGGAGGAGAUUGAAUCAGAGCUGGGGCCCGACACUGAUGAGGUGGUGCGGACGUUGGUGCAACAUGCAGAUCCAGCCUUGAGUUUGUCGGAACUCCACCUUCGAACCGGGCUGGAUAUGCAUCACCUGCAAGAAGCUGCAAGACAUUUGGUGGUGCUCAAGAAGGCCAAAUUGGUGAACGUCUUUCGCGACGACAUCCGCGUGGCCUUGGCGCCCAACGCUGACACCGGACGCGAGUCCUUGGCGGCGCAGCACUUUCGGGACUGGAGAAAGAAACAUCCGACCCCUGAGUUCAAGGACAAGAAGUCGAUGACCACGUUCACAGAGGCUUUGACCUUGUUCCACAAGGGGAAGCAGAUGAAGGAGAUCAAGAAUAGCUUCUCCACGGAAGAAGAGUUCAAGAUGAUCCUGGGCUAUUUAGUAGCACAAGGUCUGGUGGUGCAGCUGGGCAAGUUCUGUCAUUUCAUGCCAGGCAGAACCAGGCCGCUUUCAGUGAAGCCGCCAACCCGUUUUGACACUGGAGUGUUACGGGAGACCGUUGUGUGGAAGACGGGGAGCUACAGUCCCCUGCUCCAGAUCAAGGAAGCUGACUUUGAUCUUCUGGAGACACGGAGCCAGGAUUUGGCCGAGUUGCGUUUCUUCGUGCUCUUCGUCUUGGAGAUCGUGCGACACCAAAGGCGAAUCGAUAGCGUGGAGUUUCAGGAACUUUUACGACGCCUGGAAGAAGCCUCAGGCGAACCCUGGCCUCCCGAAAGAGGGCUGAGGCUUCUGGCGAUGAAUGCAGAUAUCUUUGUGCAGUACAGCAGCCGUUGCUGA